AUUUCCCCAUACGAUUUCUACUGAUUAGCUAGCGUUCGAAUCGUCCAUCGACGAUUCAACUACCGUACAAGGUAUUUAAACGCGACACUACUUUCUUGGAUAACGAUACCAAUUUACCUAUAUGGAAACGCGUGAAAUCUUACGCGACUUUAGAAUUUUAAUUAACACACCGGCGAAUCGGGAAGAAAGUAAGACACGUUUAUUUGGUUCGAUAAUCAGAAGAAAACUAAUAAGAAUAAAGAUGCCUUCGAUACGUACGGAAGAUACAAAAUGAAGAUAUCGCGGAGAAGAAAGAGGAGAUCAUGUCGUAUGUUUAAUAAAGAGAAAAGAAGAAAGAAGAAAGGGUUGUAAUGUAUGUAAAUGUAAACAAUUAGUCGGAUAGCCCGUAAACGGUAUACAUGGAAUGGAUGGUGCGGAUGUUGUAUGUUGUGACGGAGAAGGGCGCGUGGAACGUUACCAGGUCAUUAAUCGGCACUCGACCGUCGAGCGGUGAACAUUCGUGCGUAUACCUCGCUACCUGAAGGUUCGGCUGUCGCGACUUAACGGUUAUUUCUUUCUGUGACACGAAGAAAGAGGAUCGCCUUGAGGAGAGCAAAGCUUGGCUACUUCGUAAAGUGUGAAAGGCUAACUUAACGUUCCCGCCAGUCGAACAGGGAAACGCUUCCGGUGCGACAGCAACAGCUGUCAUCUAACAGUAAAAUAAUAUAAUCCUCCAAGUGAAACGAAACGGUGAUACUGCACAAAUUUCAGUGAAUAUCGCGAAACACUAAAACAAAAUGUUGUAAAUAAAUAGCCGCUGUAGUGAUGUAAAUAAUACAAAACUACCGGAGGUAUACUUAUGCAGAGGAGAGGUAUCGAGCAGCGAGUCGCAUCGAAUUUAAGCAUAAGGGGAGAAGUCGAGUGGAAGCGGAAGUAUGCGGAAUUAAAGUCUCGUUGGACGAAUUAUUCGGUCGGCGAGGAAGGAGAAUAAAAUAGUCGAGGGUAUUCCUUGGACGAGUGCAGUGUAUUCGAGGUAAACUGUUGGACGUAAUCGGUGUUAGAGAUCGUCGACAAAGACCAACGACCGACACGAAAUUCAGGUUCGCGAUGGUGUUCGUGCGCCUUCACGCGGCUAACAUACCGAAGGAACGUUGAUGGGGCAGAAAGAAAUCGUUUCAACGGCUCGAAGAUGACUGUCGCGAUGGAACACAAGCGGAAGAGCUCGUGGGAUUCGAAGAUCUCGGUGAGCACGGUAAGCACCAGAAGAUUCAGCCGUGCCGGAACUCCAAGCUCGAUCCUCUCGUCGGACAGCGAUAUUCGAUUCACGAGGAAACUCGGUGGACAAUAUCGUUGCGGAUGCUGCGUGUUGGCUGCGUUUUUGCUCUUUCUCCUCUUUUCGGGGGUCUCCAUAUACCUUGGUUACACGUUCCUAACGUCAGAUCCCCCAGGUGAUCAGAUUUUCUUGGCAACAUUCCGUGUUGUCGAAGGAGACUCUUUCGCUUCGGAACUAGCGGAUCCCUCUACCGAGGCCUUUCGGAUACGAUCUCGAGAGUAUCGCGAUCGAUUGAAUCUUAUCUUCCGUCGUAGCUGGAUGAAGAUCUCUUUCCUCGCCACGGAGGUGUUAGCGUUGGAUGGAUCCGAGGGUGGCGAUUUGGUGGUGCACUUUGAAGUUCGAUUCGAUCCACGCUAUCAAACCAUUACCACUGCCGAUGUUGUGGACAUCCUAUCGCGGGAGAUAAAUCACGAAACUUCAAAGUACUUGACCAACUUGACGAUAGAUUCGCAAAGUUUGGAAGUUCAGGAGAGCUUGAAAGCUCUAAACGCUCAAGUUAGCAUGCAAACGACCGUUUCGACGCCUCCGCCAACGACCACGAUGCCUCCUCCCAGAAGAUGCAGCAAUUUAGAUUUGUCUUAUUGCAAACAUCUUCCAUAUAACGUUACCUCUUAUCCAAACGUAUUGGGACAUCGUUCGCUGGCUGACGUGGAGGCGGACGUGAUCGCUUUCAGAGAAUUGGUCGAUGCGGAAUGUUAUCGAUUGGCGUACGAUUUUGUGUGCCAAGUGUUGCAACCAGCUUGCGUACCGAAUCAACCGGAAGAUUUGCUACAUCUACCGUGCAGAAGUUUCUGCAGAGAAUUCUGGAACGGAUGUGGUAGCAGACUUCCGGACCGAAUCAAGCGGUUAUUGGACUGCUCAAACUUUCCAGAGUACGCGGACCAAGGUGGCUGCAGAGCGAAACCAGGGUGCGUACAAGCGCUUCAAGCGAAAGCAUUGUCGCCGAGAAUUUGCGACGGCGUGAUCGACUGCCCUGACCUUUCCGACGAGAAGAAUUGCGCGUACUGUCGCGACGGUUAUAUGCACUGUGGUGUAGGUAGAACUUGCAUUCCGCGUAGUAAAAGAUGCGAUGGAAAGGUGGACUGUACCAACGGCAGCGACGAAAAAGAUUGUCUGUCUUUGGCGCCAAGUAUUCAAGCAAUAAAAGCUCAACCCGCGGAUACUCCGCACGCCGCGAAGUACAACAGCGAAGGUUUCGUGAUGUUCAACGAGAAAGGUACUGUCGGGAAGCUGUGUACCGAAAAUCUCAACGCCACGUUGCCAGGAACGGAAAUAGACGACGUUCUUCAAACUGCCGCUAGUUCGCUGUGCAGUUUAUUGACGUACACGGGUGUGAAAUCCGUAGAGAUUCGAAUCGACGAUGAGGACGACGUUCAGUACGUGCACAUGGAGGAUCCAUCGGCCACGGAAAUCACGUUCGUCAGGGCGCCUUGUCCGAGCAAAGAAGUUAUGUACGUCCAGUGUGCCGAACUCGAAUGUGGGGUACAACCCUUACGCGGAAAGGGUAGCACGCGAGGUCUGAAUAAGAUGGCCGAGCCAGGAGACUGGCCCUGGCACGUGGCGCUUUUUAAGGAAGAGGUACACGUGUGCGAUGCCACUCUCGUGGCGGAAAAUUGGUUGGUCACCACAGCCUCGUGUUUCCAAGGUCAACCGAAGGCGGAAUGGUCCGCGAGAAUGGGCACUGUUCGACUCUCGAGUACCUCACCCUGGCAACAGGAACGUAGGAUCGUGGGGAUGAUUAAAUCACCUGUGGAAGGAAGCACGACGGUUCUGCUGAAGCUGGACCGACCCGUGACCACUUUUUCGGAUUUCGUGAGGCCCGUUUGCCUGCCCUCGAAUCAAGAUCCUCCGGUGAACGCGUCCCAAUGCAAUACCCUCGGAUGGGCCAGAAAUCGCGAUCUGCUGCAGAGGGUACAGCUUAGGCACAGCGCGAUGGAGAAAUGCGAAAACAUAAGUAUCGCGUCUGUGAACAGCGUUUGCACCGAACCAGCUUAUUCCACUGACGAUUGCAACGAAGAAGAAGUCGCCGGCAGUCCUAUGUUGUGCCUUCAAUCGGACGGCCGUAGAUGGGCUCUAACGGGUGUCGGUAGUUGGCGAAUAGCUUGUUCUAAAGCCGGUAUCGAAAGGCCUCGUUUGUACGAUAAAAUUGCCUCGAAUAUCGCUUGGAUUAAAUCCACCAUCGAAUGAGUGUUUUAUCUAAGAUGUUUAAUAAAUAAAGGUAUACUUUCGGUGGAACGUAUCGGUCGGAGAUACAGUGUCAGAUCGAUUAGGACUGAAAUCGAGAUUGUGAUACACGAUAUGGGAUCGUCGUUCGUUUCGUACAAUUUUUAUAUCAUCGUCUAUUUCUUCUUUGUUUAAUUAUUCGUUAUCGCAGCUGUAAAAUACGUAAAAAGUAAAUAUUGUAAAAUAGCACGCGCAUAAUUAUCGCGCAUCGUACUUAUCCCUGCCUGCGUUUGUAAGGAACAGUGUUUUAUUAAAACGUGGAGGCUUAAGAA